AAAUACAAGCCUUCAGUUGUGGCUACUACAAGGCGGUUCCCUUCGGAUUCCGGUGCCUUUGCGGACUGGUCGGCCCCUCCGUCUGCUGUCUCCGGCCGCGGCGACGAUCUCUCCCUCGGCUUCAAUGCUUCAUCCGCCACCACACAUGGUGGCGGUGCAGCCAUGUGGCCGGGGGCAUCCAGGUCAUUUAACUACAACAUGGCGCCUCACCACGACAUCUUCGUGGUAGCGCCCGCUUCCUCUUUCCACCACCACCACGACCACAACGACGCCGUAUUGUCCGAUCCAAAUAACGGUUCUAACAAUUCGAACAACAAUCCUGGAACUGCACUCGGUGUGAAUGUUUUCCCUCUCCUAACCGCCACGCCAUGCCUCGAGAGCGAGGGCAUAAUGGGAAACAUCAGCCACCACCGUAACAGAAUUCAGUUAUGGGAAGAUCACGAGUCUUCUCCACCGCAGCAGCAACAGGGUCACGUGGAGCGUGACACGUGUGGGGAUGGGGGUUUGGGUGGGAGUGGGACUAACACGUGCCAGGACUGUGGGAACCAGGCGAAGAAGGACUGUAGUCACCGGAGGUGCAGGACGUGUUGCAAGAGUAGGGGUUUUGAUUGCGCCACGCACGUGAAGAGCACGUGGGUGCCGGCGUCGCGGCGGAGGGAGAGGCAGCUCAUGACGGUUGCGGCGGCCAGGUCCAGUGGGGACACUUCUGGUGCCAAGAAACCUAGGCUUGUUGCUUCCCAGACUACUUCGCAUACUUCAACGUCUAAUAAUACUAAUACCACUCCUCCGAGGAGUUUUGACACUGGUUCUAGCCACCAAGAUGUGGGUUUCAAGGAGUCACUACCUUGCCAAGUGCGUGCACCGGCGGUGUUCAAGUGUGUUCGUGUAACAGCAGUGGAUGAUGGUGGGGAAGAUGAGUAUGCUUAUCAAGCAGUUGUGAAGAUUGGUGGCCAUGUGUUCAAAGGGUUUCUCUAUGAUCAAGGGGUUGAGGACAAAGAAGGGUAUCCUAAUUUAUCAGAAUUGCAUUUGGGUGGUGGAAAUGGGGUUUCCUCUUCAUCUCCAAUGGUGGAUCCUUCUCAUGAUGUCUAUGCAGCUUCAGGUGGUGGGUUACUUCUUGGAGGUUCAUCAAACUAUGGUAAUCAUCCAAUAAAUUAAAAACCAUUCUUUCCAAGUGCAACAUAGAUGAUGAUGAUGGGCUUGGAAAGCCUGACUUAUUAAUUAUUGUAGGGUAAUUUUUCUAAUUUUGCCAAAUAUUGGGGGUUGGGGGUGGGGGUAUAGAUUAAUUAAUAUUAAUAUUCUUCUGAGUUUGUAUCUUAUCUUAUAACCAUAUGUCACUCUGCAUUUUUCACGUCCUCGGUUUUUGUUCCUUUUAGUCCAAUUUUUCUUUCGUCGUUGA